GUGUAUCUAAUUUUAUUUUGAUUCUAAACAAGACUUGUUAAAUCAAACUUUUAUUAACAUUUAAAAAGAGAACCAGAGGCCAGGCGAUCUCAAUAAGCCCGAAAAGGCCAAACCAACCAGCCAACUUUCCUUGAUAGAUCAUGGAAGCCAUCACUGUACUCCAGACGAACCCGAUUAAUUCUUACCUCGAACAAGAACUCGACAAGCGUUUUAAUCUUAUUCGCCUUUGGAACUUUCCAGCUGAUCAAAAAGAAGACUUGUUUAAGGAAGAGGAGAACAAACGUGACAUCCGAGCCGUGGUUACUAACCCAGUCGUUCCUACGGACCGCGAGUUUAUCGACUCGUUACCCGGUGUGGAAAUCGUGUCAAGUUUCAGUGUUGGGUUAGACAAGAUAGAUUUGGGGUAUUGUAAGGAGAAAGGGAUUAGAGUUACCAACACGCCUGAUGUGUUGACCGAUGAUGUUGCUGAUAUCGCCAUUGGUUUGAUAUUAGCCACGUUAAGACGGAUUUGUGAAUCUGAUCGCUAUGUUAAGGCUGGAUUAUGGAAAAAGGGUGAUUUCAAGCUGACUACCAAGUUUAGUGGCAAAAAAGUUGGAAUCAUAGGUCUUGGAAGAAUCGGCACAGCAAUUGCUAAGAGAGCUGAAGCAUUUAAUUGCCCCAUUAGUUACUAUUCCAGAUCACAGAAACCAGAAUCGAAAUACAAGUACUUUCCCAGUGUUGUUGAAUUGGCUUCUGACUGUCAGAUACUGAUUGUGGCCUGCCCAUUAACAGAAGAAACCCGCCACAUCAUUAACCGUGAAGUCCUUGAUGCUCUAGGUCCUAAGGGGUUUCUGAUCAACAUUGGGAGGGGCCCACACAUAGAUGAACCUGAAUUGGUAUCUGCUCUUGUUGAAGGUCGGAUAGCUGGUGCAGGUCUUGAUGUCUUUGAGAAUGAACCUCAUGUGCCCGAGGAGUUGUUUGGUCUUGAUAAUGUAGUCCUGCUGCCCCAUGUUGGGAGUGGAACUGUGGAGACCAGAAACGCGAUGGCUGAUCUUGUGAUCGGAAACCUAGAAGCUCACUUUAACAAGAAACCACUGUUGACACCAGUGGUUUGAGUGUAUAACAGUGAUGACAGUGACAUAUCAGUGACUUUAAUCAUUUGGUCACUGUAUGUGCUGCUUGUUUUUCAUCUCUGAUUAUUUUAGCAGCUUUAUUGAUCUUCUGUACCAUGUCCAUUUCAUGGAUUCUGCAAGGAAAAUAAAUAUAUAUGCAAACCAGACAUAGCAUGAUCUUGUUGGUCAACAA